CACAUGGAAGAAUGCCUGCACAGCGUCGCGAUUCCAUUCCCCUCUCUCAAAAAAAGAGAAAUCAUCGCCAUUCCAUUCACUCGUCUAAAAAAGAAUCGCGAUUCACGGGCAUUCACCCGCAUUUUUUUCCUUUGCAAUUUUCUUUGUAGUGUUAUACACUACUACACCAUCUCCAUGUCCUUUUCUUCUAAAAGUCUAUAACUUCUCAUCCACUAUUUUUUCACACAUCUCUUCUAUUUUUUCCUACAUAAUCUCCACGUUUCUCUUCUUAUCCAAACACUAUGACAGAAGAGUCUGAAAGGGCAUUCCUUUUUGUGAGGCGAAUUGGCUUCUAGGCAAAUCCCCCAAACAUCUUUUUUUGUGAGCCGAAUUGGCGAAUUGGCUCGGCAGCCGCAAGGCCCAUCCAAAAUAUUCCUCUCACCCUUCACAGCACGAGGCCAGUCAUCGCCAGCUGGCAACAGAAGAUUCGCUCGCUGCCCGUCGACCCAACGGUCGUCUCGACUCGAGAGGGCACCUCCGCCCCGCGGGCAUGGCGGACAACGGAGGGAAUCACGCCGCGAACGGAGCCGUGGAGAAUGGAGGUGACCACGCCCUCGCCGUUGCUGUGGCCGCGGCGAACGGAGGGGACCCCGACCUCGACCAUGCCGUGGCUGAGGCGAACGGACCCGUGGAGAACGGAGGGAACCAGGCCGCGAACGGGGCCGCGGAGAACGGAGGAGGCCACGCGGCGAACGGCGCUGUGGAGAAUGGAGGUGACCACGCCGUCGCCGUCGCCGUUGCCGUGGCCGCGGCGAACGGUGGGGACCCCGACCUCGCCCAUGCCGUGGCGGCAGCGAACGGAGGCAACCCCGCCCUCGCACAUGCCGCGGCUGCGGCGAACGGAGGCUCCGUGGCCCCGGCCUUGCGGCUCAUCCCGGAGGCCGCCCUCUACCAGGUCCUCCUCCGCAUGCCGGCCGUCAUGGUCGCCCGCUUCCGCGCCUCCUGCAGGAGGUGGCGCGACCUCACCAGCACGGAGGCCUUCCGCCGCGAGCACCACCUCUAUCGCUCCCGCCGUCCUACUCCGCUAUUCUUCUACCGUCUCGACCACCAGGCCGUGCCCCUCGACGACCACGUCCGCGUCCACCUCCGCGCCGUGGACAUCCACCGCCGCGAGUCAUUCCCGGUCUUCCGCUUCGCGCACCUCGACCCCGCACUCCCCAUCGUCGACCCGCGCGUGUUCCGGAUCGAGGGCUCCUGCGACGGCAUCCUCCUCCUCUCCUAUGACGCCAUGCUUUACGCCUGCAAUCCCUGCACCCGCCGCUGGGCGCACCUCCCGCCGCUCCACCGCCUCGCUGACAUCGUUGGCUUCUACGCGCGCGACCUGUGUGGCGGGAGGGAGUACCGGGUGCUCUACCACACGGGGCACCAGGACGAGGACUGCAGGUACUGGAUCCUCACCUUCCCGGACUAUGCGGCGAGGUACAUCGGGCGCCCGACCAACUUGGAGGCCAUCAACUUUGUGCUGGCCGGAGGGAUAUGUCCUUCCUUCGAAAUGCCGCCCAUCAUGGUCCGGGAAUGCCUGCACUGGCGGCCACAGGUUUACCAGGACAACAGCUACCUGCUGGUGUUCGACACGGCUGCCGAGCUGUUCCGGGGGAUGCGUCCUCCUCGCGUGCUAGACCACCAUGGCUGGAUUCAGGUCGAGGGCGAGCAGCUGCUUGAGAUCAAUGGCAUGCUCGCCAUGAUCGUUGUCUCUCCGAUGAUGGCAGGUGUGUGGGUUCUCCAGGAUUACAUGAGGCAGAUUUGGGUCUACGAGUACCAGAUUCAGUUGCCGGUGGGUGCGAUCCACGAUAACCAUGGCUAUGAUGAGGAAGCAGCACUAUCCGCAGUUGUGUUCGUCGUGUCCGAGGAGCGAAACGUGUUGAUACAGUGCACACAUGCCAUGUUGCAAUGCGAUGCCAUUGCGACUGUGCUGCAGACUUACCAACUUGCUGGUAAUUGCACCAUGCUGUCCGGAUACAUGCUCCAGGAAAGCCUUAUUCUGCAUGCCUUCCUGCCGCUGCGACCGAGUGAUGCGAAUAACGGUGACCCGCCUUUCUUCUAGGCACCAUAGGGUGCUGUGAUUGUUCUUGCCUAGCAACCUGUUUGCUAUUUUUUGGGUCUAUGCUUUUGGUGCUGAAUUUUCUAUACAUGGUGGUGAGUCGUAUAGGAAUUGCUUUGGGCAGUGUAUUUCUACAAACUUCUAUACAUGGUGGAUUGGUGGUGAACUAUGAAGUUGCGUUUGGCAAUGUAGUUCUGCAGACUUAAUCCAUUGCUAAAACAUUUAUGUUUAGAAAGCAAAAUGUUUCAGCCUUCUGUUGAUACAUAUGCGCUCUAAAUCUUUGAUUACAUAGAAUGAGAAAAACAACCUGAGUUCUGUUUACUAUAAUGUAAUGUCUCGUCUCAUCCUUCUGUUGUUUUGCAUCUGUGUAUGGUGAUAGCUUGCAGAAUUACAUAU